CAAUAAGUUGCGUGCGAUGAAGUUGCUUAAUUUGACUGCCAAAUGUAUGGUAAAUAUAUGGUAAUGCAUGAAAGUUUGGUUGAAACAGUAUAUAAAAAGCUUAUAGAGACUUCAGCAAUUAUAUCUGUGUUAGACUGAAGACAAAACUACAAUCAUCUGCAUCAAACCCAUUUGGAAAAUUCCCUUUAAUUGGCAGAUCAUCUCACUAACAGGAGAAAUCUUAAAAUAUUUUGGACUUAGAGAACAUCAAAAACUUUUGGGACAUAAAUAACAAACAGCAGCUUGCUUUGACUUCUAAGGUCACCUAAUGGAGAAUGGAACCAUGCCUUCAUAUUUUUACUUUACUUUAUUCAAGGAAUUUGUUCACCUUAGAUAUUUGAUCCUAAUAGUGGCUCUUUUGUUUUAUUUAGCCAUUAUAUUAUUUAAUGUUGUCAUUUUAUGUGUGGUGUUUAAAGAAAGAUCUCUUCAUGAGCCAAUGUACAUAUUAAUAUCAUGUUUGUCUGUCAAUGACCUCUACGGCUCUUCUGGUUUCUUUCCAAGGAUAAUAGCUGAUGUUCUUUCUGAUACAAAUGCUAUUUCCAGGUUGGCGUGCUUUGUUCAAAUUUUUAUCAUUUAUACUUAUGCAAUAUCUGAAUACACAGUUUUAACACUGAUGGCAUAUGACAGGUAUGUUGCCAUAUGUCACCCUUUAAAAUAUCACAGAAUUAUGACUUCAAAAUUUACAACACUUUACAUGGCAAUAGCAUCACUUUAUGCAGUGUUUUCUAUGGGCUCAAUUAUUUUCUUGUCAGCUAGGUUGCCUUUGUGUGGAAGAGACAUAGCAAGACUGUACUGCUCCAACUGGUCUGUGGUUCGACUCUCUUGCGGGGUUUCAACUUUGAGCAACAACAUUAUUGGAUUUUUUGUGUCAACAACAACAGUUUUUCUGCCUGCCUUUUUCAUUUUAUACACAUAUGUUCGAAUUCUUAUCAUCUGUCAAAAAAGUUCAUUAGAAUUCAGGGGCAAAGCAUUGCAGACUUGUCUUCCCCACAUUAUAAGCUUUGUUAACUACUCUGUUGCAGCCUUUAGUGAUAUUGCGUUAAGUCGAUUUGAUUCAGACAAGUACAAAGUUGCUUCCAUAAUCUUUUCAGUGGAAUUUCUGGUAGUUCCACCUCUUGUCAAUCCUCUUAUUUAUGGCUUAAACCUGCCAGAUAUACGCAAAAAUAUUUGGCGUUUGUUUCAGCGGAAACCGACGAUUGUCCAUUUUCCUGAAUAAGGAAGUAAAGUAGAAUUUAAUCAUAUGUAUAAUGUAUAUACAUGGUUUACCAUGCAGUAUUACACUUCUUUGUCAUCUUCAUUUCUUAAAAUGUCAUGAGAAAAACAAGACUUUACACCAAACCACCUGAUGUUUAGGUUGUUCGUAUUAACAAAUAGCAGUUAAAAGAUAUAGGGGUGGUUUCCCAGACAGGGAUUAGCUUAAGCCAGGACUAGGUCUUAGUUUAAUAAGGAAAUAUAACUAGUUUUAACAAACAUGCCUUACUAAAAUGAUGUAUUUCAAGAUAUGCCACUGCAAGUUGGUUUCAAUUUGGAUAGCUCUUAAAUUUUUAUUUUUAAUUUUUGGUCUAGGACUAAGCUAAUCCCUGUCCGGGAAACCGCCCCAUAGAAAAUUUUAAUUAUUAGACUAAUAUGUGGUUUUCUUUCUGAUAAUAAAGUUUAGUUGACAUACUUAUCUGGGAGAGAACUGUUUGAUUGUUUAUUGUUAUAUUCUUCAAAAAGAUACUUUAAGACAUAAUUUUCUUCAAUAAAUUUGGCAAAUUAAUUUUACUUUUUGUAUAAUUACUCAGCAGUGCACAUUUUCAUAUAUUAAGCUUUUAAAUUCAUUGGCAUGUUUUAUAAUGCAAAAUUGUUUUUAAUAACUAGUAAUUGCUAAAUAAAGUUAGUGAAGUAAAUAAAAUGGCAUGUAUAAAUAAGCCUCUACAGUAGCCCGUGUCAGUCCGGUCCCAUAGUUGCACAGGUGCAAAUAAUAAAUAAUAAAAAUUUGGGUUGUGCAUCACCAACUGUUUGUAUUAAUAAUAAUAAUAAU